CAACGCUAAGCAACCCCAAGAGGAAUAGAAAAGUAUCUUCUUCCCAAGAGAGGACCGCUAAGAAGAGGUCAAAGGGGAAUUAUGUGAAAGAGAAACCUUAGUUCCUUGAGAACGCAAGAGAGUAGGAAAGGAAAGGGGAAACAGUGAAAAAAGAGACGGAGAUAUUGGUAUUGUGAGAAAAAGUUGAAUAUUUUGAGGAGUCGUUUGGUGGCCAUGGAUUCAACAUGCUCUUCUGAGAGCAUUUAUAACCUCAUACCCAUUGACUGGAAGGAGCCUCCCCAGCCUCCUAGGUACAUAUCAGUUUUUAAGACAUCUGUAAAAGAGGACAUGCAAAAAUUUAAAACUGCAAUGAAAACCAUGGGACCACCAAAAGUUGAAGUACCUUCUCCAAAGGAUUUCCUGAAGAAACAUUCAAAGGAAAAAACUCUACCACCCAAAAAAGCAUUUGAUCGGAAUAAGCCCAAAAAGCCUCCUGUGCCACUGAGGACUGAUCAUCCAGUCAUGGGAGUACAGAGUGAAAAAAAUUUUAUCAACACAAAUGCAGCUAAUGUCAUUAUGGAAGUGGCUAAAAAGCCUAAACCAAUUUAUGUUGACAAAAGAACUGGAGACAAGCAUGAUCUCGAAACUUCAGGACUAAUUCCAAAGCACAUCAAUAAAAAGGAUUACGGUGUCACGCCCAAAUAUAUAUGUCAGCGAAAUGAGGAGGUAAAGAAAGCCCAAGAAGAAUAUGAUAACUAUAUCCAGGAAAAACUCAGGAAAGCAGCUAUGAAAAGGCUAUCUGAUGAAGAAAGGGAAGCCGUUCUGCAGGGGCUGAAAAAGAACUGGGAAGAGGUGCAUAAAGAAUUCCAGUCUCUCUCGAUCUUCAUCGAUUCCAUACCAAAGAGGAUGCGUAAGCAGAAGCUGGAAGAAGAAAUGAAACAACUGGAAUAUGACAUUGGUGUCAUUGAAAAGCACAAAGUUAUUUAUAUUGCCAAUAAGUAGUAAUGGAUUUUUAAAGUAUGGUUAUUUUAAUAUAGGAAAAAAACGUGGAAAAUAUGCAAAUGAAACUAAGUUUUUCAAAGAGGGAAAUACUAUGAGGAGAAUAAAAAUAGUCUUUACCAAACUGCUUAGGCAAUGUUUAAAGAAUAAUUGGAUUUUUUUGCUUACACAAGAGAAAAGAAAUUUUUUUUUACCAGUGUCAGGUUUUCCACGUGUAAACCAAUUAAAGUUUAAUGUUAUCUAUUCCAGUUCUAUAAUGUAAGUCAUUAUUAUUAUGUAGUUGUUUCACAUAAACAUUAAUUUCUGGGCCCUGAAAAAUAAAGUCACCACUCAGAACUUCAUUUACACUUUUUUUCUACACUGCAUGAUACAAGGAACACAUUAAAAACUCUUAAGUAUUUUGAAUUGGAGACUGUAGUAUAUGCUUUCUUACUACACUAAAGUGUUUUCCAUGUAUUGAUUCAGAUCUUCACAAACUUAAACAGUGUAUCUUCUAUUGUAGCUUAUGUCAUCUGCAGCUAUUUCCAACUAAAAAUAUUUUCAAUAUCCAUAAUGCUAUAUAUGCUGAAAGCCAUAGAGUGGGGGUGCCAAAAAAAUGUAUACACAUUUUAAGAGAUGUUACCUAUGUUCAAGCAGUAGUUCGCCAUAAUCAGAAGUGUCUGGAUGCUGAUGGUAACCACUUUGAGCACCUCUUGUAAUUGCA